AUGAUGCCCGAGGAGGACCGGGUGCCGGUGGGGGCCGGGUCGACGGCGCAAGGUAGCGAGGACAAGCCAAACGUCGUGAGGUUUCUAGACGUUCCGGGGUCGGAGCAGACCCGGGAGGAGAAGAUGACCAUCGUCUUCACUUGCACGGUGUGCGAGACGAGGACAGCCAAGACCUUCGCCAAGCUGUCCUACGAGAAGGGGGUCGUCUUGGCCCGAUGCCCCGGCUGCCACAACAUACACCUCAUCGCCGACCGAUUAGGGUGGUUCGAGGAGGCAGGAGACGGCGCCGAUGGGUGGGACAUCGAGAAGAUCACCAACCGCAUCGGAGAGAGCGACUGCCAUGUCGUGAACGAGGACAAUGUCAUGGAGCUCAACCUCGUCGAUAUCGCCGGCAAGACAACCCGGCGGAAAGACACGCCUCCAAAGGGAGGGGACGACAGAGAUUCAUCCCCGGAGUCGCCUAGCUCGGAGGGACAGAAGUGA